UGCGCAGUCAGUGUUCGUGGAAGACAGCUGAAAAGUGACAAAUUUGGAAAUAAAUUAGUGUUUUGGUGAACAACACGACACUUGAUUCUAAAAUUAGUUUGAAUAAUAAUAAAAGGAAAUUUAUUUAAAAAAAUAAAUGCACAAUGGCUGGUGGUAAAACUGCUCAAGGUGGAUUUCAACCGGACUCAGAUGUACACAUUACCUUUGAGGAUCAACAGAAAAUUAAUAAAUUUGCAAAGCAAAAUGCAAAAAUGGAGGAUUUCAAAGAGGAAUUGAAAGUUAAACAGAGCGAUCUACAAAAUUUAGAAGACGCCUGUGACGAAAUUGCCCUUCUAGAUGAUGAUGUUAAAAUUCCUUUUCAAUUUGGAGAAGUGUUCAUUGCUCAAGGUCUCGAAAAAACUCAGAGCUCCCUAGAACAAGCUAAAAAGAAGAAACAAGCCGAAAUAUCCACAUUGGAAACCAAAUGUGCUAGUCUAAAGGAAGAAAUGACCGAAUUGAAAGCACAGUUAUAUGCAAAAUUUGGAAGUCACAUAAAUUUAGAGGCAGAGGAAGACUAAGGAUUAUGUCAUUUUCUACAGUAAUUAAAAAAACAAUGCACAGAUUACAUUUUAUACAGUAUAUUUAAUUGGAAAUUUUCAUUAUUUUACAAUUAGAAUUAAAAACGACUAUUUACAACAAUUUAAAA